ACCACACAACCGCUGCUCACUUCACUCCUGCAGUUCAGUGUUUAGUCUUUUCACUUUGUCUCAUUGACCUGGCUUCUGUCUGCACGGGCCUGUGUCCAUGGCCAAGUCGAUGAGUCUGCUGUGGGGGGCUGGAUCCCCCCCAUGCUGGCGAGUUAUGAUCACACUGGAGGAGAAGAAGCUGCAGGGAUACAAACACAAGCUGCUGCAGUUCGAGAAAGGAGAGCACAAAUCACAGGAAGUCCUGGAAAUCAACCCGAGAGGACAGCUCCCUGCCUUCAAACAUGGAGAUUACAUCCUCAAUGAGUCCACUGGAGCAUGUUUAUACCUGGAGAAUCAGUUUAAGUCCCAGGGCAACAAACUGAUCCCAGACAGUCCUGCAGAACAAGCACUAAUGUACCAACGCAUGAUGGAGGGUCUCACCCUCACUGAUAAACUUAAUUCAGUCAUCUACUACGAAUGGUUUGUCCCUGAAGACGAGAGACAUGAUUCUGCUGUGAAGAGAAACAGGGAGGCUCUGGCAGCUGAACUCAAACUCUGGGAGGGUUACCUACAGACGGUGGCUGCUGGUUCAUACCUGGCCGGGGCCUUCUCAUUGGCUGAUGCCAUCGUCUUUCCAAACAUUGCUUAUGCUUUCCGUUUCGGGCUGUCUGUUGGACAUUACCCCAAACUGGCCAAAUAUUACAGCCUGCUGAGGAACAGACCCAGCAUUAAAGCCACCUGGCCCCCGCACUGGCUGGCCAGCCCACAGGGUUUUGACAUCCUGAAGGACCUGUGAAGCACACAAUAGUUAAUAGUGAAUAAAAACAUUAUUCAGAAACAA